AUGUGUCCAGUACCAGACGGUGAGGCCGCGACGAAUGGCCAUGCCAAUGGCGCGAACGGACAGGCGAACGGCAAUGGCACGAACGGCCACAAUGGCUUCAGAGCCAUCGAGACACACACUGCCCCCAAACCACCCUCAAGCAACCCAUACGCACCCGUCCAGGACUUCCUGAGCAAUGUAUCACAAUUCAAGAUCAUUGAAUCGACGCUUCGAGAGGGUGAGCAAUUCGCCAACGCCUUCUUCGACACCGAGACCAAGAUCAAGAUCGCCAGGGCGUUAGACGAAUUCGGUGUGGACUACAUCGAACUCACAUCGCCUGCUGCCAGCGAGCAAUCUCGCAAGGAUUGCGAGGCUAUUGCUAAGCUCGGUCUGAGGGCCAAGACGCUAACUCACGUGCGAUGUAACAUGAGCGAUGCCAAGAUGGCGGUGGAGACGGGUGUGGAUGGUGUGGACGUGGUCAUUGGCACGAGCAGUCACCUUAUGGAGCACAGCCACGGCAAGGAUAUGACGUACAUCAAAGAGACGGCUAUCCAGGUCAUCGAGUACGUCAAGUCGCAAGGCAAGGAGAUCAGAUUCAGCUCCGAGGACUCCUUCCGAAGUAACUUGGUCGAUCUGCUCUCGCUGUAUCAGGCUGUGGACAAGAUUGGUGUGAACAGAGUCGGUAUUGCGGACACAGUUGGCUGCGCAACCCCACGACAAGUCUACGAUCUCGUCCGAACAUUACGCGGCGUAGUCAGCUGCGACAUCGAAACGCAUUUCCACAACGACACAGGAUGCGCCAUCGCCAAUGCUUACUGCGCACUUGAGGCAGGUGCUACACACAUCGACACAUCCGUCAUCGGUAUUGGUGAGCGCAACGGAAUUACGCCCCUCGGUGGCCUUAUGGCACGGAUGAUCGUUGCCGACCGCGACUAUGUCAAAUCCAAGUACAAGCUGGAGAAGCUGAAGGAGAUCGAGGAUCUGGUUGCGGAGGCAGUCGAGGUCAACGUGCCAUUCAACAACCCUAUCACCGGAUUCUGCGCGUUCACCCACAAAGCUGGUAUUCAUGCCAAGGCCAUCCUCAACAACCCAUCGACAUACGAAAUCAUCACACCUUCCGACUUCGGCAUGAGCCGUUACGUACAUUUCGCUUCGAGAUUGACGGGCUGGAACGCUAUCAAAUCUCGUGCAGAGCAGCUUGGCCUGGGCAUGAGUGAUGCGCAAAUCAAGUCGGUGACUGUCAAGAUCAAGGCUUUGGCUGACGUGCGACCGCUGGCUAUCGACGACGCGGACAGCAUCAUCAGGAACUUCCACUUCAACCUGAACAACGACAAGGCGCGGCCACUACUCGAAUUGUCAGAGGAGGAGAAGAAGGCCUUCGCCAAGAAGGAGCGAGAACUCGAGGCCGUGAGCGAGAAGAGGGAACUAGACGAAGACGCUGAUGCUGAGGCAGGCGAGCCGGCUGUUAAGAAGUCCCGGAACGCGACUGUCGCAUAA